GUGCCACAUCAUUUGAUGUCACUGCCGCACCUGCGCAGCCAUCUUGUACUUCUAGCGAGGAGCGGACACAGAAAGAAAUCAAAAGGAUCAAAUAAACCUGGCAAAUCAGAAGAAAAUAGGAAUGUCUUUAAACGUUAUAUAGCCUCAUAACGAUUAGACACCCAAGAAGGACAAGGUUAAAAAAAAGACUGUGAAAUAGACAUUCAAGUGCUUCGGAUAUUCAGACCUACAAGUCAUAUUUUGCUUGUGAGUGAGAGGAGGAAGGAACAGUCAAAUCGCCGAAAGGAAAACACAUCCCGAACAUCAGUCAAAUCAUGAAUCCAGAAUAUGACUACCUGUUCAAGCUCCUCCUUAUUGGUGACUCCGGUGUGGGAAAGUCCUGUCUUCUGCUCCGCUUUGCUGAUGACACCUACACGGAGAGCUACAUCAGCACCAUCGGUGUAGACUUCAAGAUCCGCACCAUCGAGCUGGACGGCAAGACCAUCAAACUACAAAUUUGGGACACUGCUGGUCAGGAGAGGUUCCGCACCAUCACCUCCAGCUACUACAGGGGUGCCCACGGCAUCAUCGUGGUCUAUGAUGUCACAGAUCAGGAGUCGUACAACAACGUGAAGCAGUGGCUGCAGGAGAUCGAUCGCUACGCCAGCGAGAACGUCAACAAGCUGCUGGUGGGGAACAAGUGUGACCUCACCACCAAGAAAGUAGUGGACUACACAACAGCCAAGGAAUUUGCUGACUCCCUGGCCAUCCCCUUCCUGGAAACGAGUGCCAAGAACGCCACCAAUGUGGAGCAGGCCUUCAUGACCAUGGCUGCUGAGAUCAAGAAGAGGAUGGGCCCCGGGGCCACAGCUGGAGGGGACAAGCCCAACCUGAAGAUAGACAGCACCCCUGUCAGGCAGUCUGGAGGGGGGUGCUGUUAAACUGGACUCUGUUCUGGAUGCUCUCCUCUUCUUCACUCUCCCUGCUCUGGGCUUCACUUCCUCCACCUCUUAAUCCCUCAGCCUCCCUCCCUUCUCCCGUUCUCUUACUCUUGCCGCGGGAUGGAUGGUUGGACUGACUUUAAGACCGUAUCUCCCCACAGAAAAGUAAAGAGAAAAGUUAGGUGGGGGUUAGGUUGAGAACUUCUUUUUCUUUUUUUCCAAGCGAUGAGUCAGGAACGUAAACAGAUAUGAGAAAAGAUUGGUAUUGACUUAGAGGAGAACUGGGUGAUAGAAGAUUAGGUUUUAGAUUCCGGCGAGCGCUUAUCUCUCUCCCUCCUGUGUACACACACACACACACACACACACACACACACACACACACACACACACACACACACACACACACACACACACACACACACACACACACACACACACACACACACACACACACAGAACAGGGGGCGGAGUGAUUCUCCCACAGGAAGUCGUCACAGGUGAGGUUCUCUUUCCUUUAGGCUAUGUCUGUCAUUGCUAUCCAAUGGAAGUCUUAUAGCAAAUUCAGUUUAGAGUGCUACAGUAAUCUGUCAUUUAUGUAUUGGACCUGUUUUAUCUCAGACUGCUGGGGUGCCUUGUAGUCAUGGCGAUGUGUCACCGUCUUAAGUCUGUUUAUAGGUAUCAAGUGAGUGACGUUUUCAAUCUAGCCUACGGUCUACGUUCCACAUGCAAUAGUAACACUAAUGCACUAUUUAUACCCAUGUAUCCAUCCAUCCAUCCAUUGUAUGAACUGAAUUGGCGUUGGGGCAGACUGCACCACUAUCAGCGUCCUAACAACUGAGUCACCCAUCAUAUUAAUCGAUGAGGAUACGAGUAUCUAGGAUACGGGUAUCUUAGAAAUAGAAUGAAUAGACUGGACUCUGAAGGAAGGCAUCAGCAGAGAGGGGAGAGACAUACACUUUGUCUGUGUGGAGAAGAGGGUGCUGGGAAGGAUCGCUCUGACUCCCUGUAGAGCCUGAGCUUUAGGUUGAUUCGACACAGAACAGGAGAACUUUUGGUUGAACUUGGAAUCACUCCUUCCCUUCAUCCCUCUACAUGCAGACGGGAGGAUGUAGUGAGAGAGAUUCUUGGUUUUUGGGGUGCUUUAAUAUACUGUAUGGUGUUAGUUAGCUCAUAUCACUCCUCUUGUUAGGAUUUCACAUGUAAAAAAAGACCAAGCAUAAAUAUUUGAGAUCUGCUUAAGUCAUGUUUGUAUGUCUUUUAAGUUGCCAGGACUCUAUAUUACAGUAUGCCCAAGGUGGUUCUUCAACAUAAACAGACAGUGUACACACACACACACACACACACACACACACACACACACACACACACACACACACACACACACACACACACACACACACACACACACACACACACACACACACACACACACACAGAACGGGGCAUGACAUAGUACUAGAUUAGUGGUGGGAGUAUGUCGGGGCUUGGGCAAGCGAUAUUCAACUAAUUAACAGGACAUAUGAAAUUGACAAUAUUCUCUCUUCAUAUUCAUAGAUUGUUGUUCAUAUUAUUUUAUUGUUAUUACAAUGAUUUUAUUAUUUGAUAUUUGUAUUUUCUGUAGUUCUUUUCUAAUCGAAAAAGCUUGUAAAAAUUGCUUGAAAUGUUGUUUGGUUGGGGAGUUGUCUCUGAAAGCUACUGUUCCCUCCUGUGCCUCACUGGACUCCGAGAGAUAUGGACCGCGUGCAUAACCUCUGUAGCAUGUCACACCACAGGUUCUUUACGCCUUGGCCAUGGCCCACUUCUCAGACCGUGUUGCCAUCCACCAUUUGUCAUCACGUGUCCCACAGUGCAUUUCUUUUAUGGUUGUCAUGGUUUCAUGUCAGUUAGUGUGGUCAUUAGGAAGCGUAGCCAUUAUGAAGCAUAGCCAACUCAUUACCCUUCUCUCUAGAUCAGUGCGUGAAUGGUGUUCUUCAAUCUUCAUCAUUGUCAACUGCUAGCUAGUUCCAGUAGCUUCUAUACAGCUUAAGACAUGGAGUGUGUUUGACUGAUCAGAAUGUGUGUUAAUGGGCCUGGUUGUCCUGACUGAGUCCCCCUUCUACAGGAACCUGCCCUGCGUCGUUCCCUUCCCAGUCUGUCCUCAUGGUUCUCAUGGCUGUGUGUGAUUUCUCAGGCAUUCCUAUGGAACUAUGGAACCUAGCAGGAAAGUGGAGAAAACCCUCCAACCCCUGACCCUAACCAACCCCUGACCUUAACCAACCCCUGACCUUAACCAACCCCUGACCUUAACCAACCCCUGACCUUAACCAACCCCUGACCUUAACCUACCCCUGACCGUAACCUACCCCUGACCGUAACCUACCCCUGACCGUAACCUACCCCUGACCGUAACCUACCCCUGACCGUAACCUACCCCUGACCGUAACCUACCCCUGACCUUAACCAACCCCUGACCUUAACCAACCCCUGACCUUAACCAGCGCUAGUUUUGAAUUAAUGUAAUGCACUACAGUACGGCUAAUACUACUAAUGUGGCCUCUAAGCUUUUUAAGUUCUUGACAACAAAGAAUAUAGGCCUUUGUCGGUUAUUACAACCUCAGUUUUCGAUCCAUUUUUCUGUAGAAGUUUACAACGGGACUGGGAGGAAAAUGGUUGAAAUUGCAGUGACGUACUGUUAGCCAGGACUGGACCCACAGACCCGUUACAGCACUAUAGUGAGCCUGUUGUGGAAUGGACACCUCCAUCUGGUCCUCUUGGUUAGCCCUUGGUGUUGCCAGUCUGACAUGGUGCAGUAGGCAGUGUGUGACCGUUCUAACCUUCGACCUGUAUGUCUUUAUGACUAUGAGAAGAGCAGACUGGAAGGGUCGUACUCUUAAUGACAACUAUGUAAGCGUGUUACACGGUCAUGUUAUAUGGUCAUUGAGCCUUGUUCAGUUUGGCGUUGGGCAUUCCAUUGGGUUUGGGCAUUCCAUUGGGUUUGAGCAUUCCAUUGGGUUUGGGCAUUCCAUUGGGUUUGAGCAUUCCAUUGGGUUUGAGCAUUCCAUUGGGUUUGAGCAUUCCAUUGGGUUUGAGCAUUCCAUUGGGUUUGAGCAUUCCAUUGGGUUUGAGCAUGUUAUGUCAUCAUGGUCACGUUACGGUCUUCGAAUAAGUCCUAGAUUCUGGUUCAUUGGGUCGGAGUGAGUUUGACUGUGCUUGAACGUUCAGGGGUAGCAGGGACUGACUGGUUUUGGCAUGCAGACCGGAUAUGAACUCCCAUCAGCCUCUUUAAGCCAAUCAAUAUAUUACAACAAUGUUCUCCGAAUGGCUCCUACUACUCAUCGAUAAAACGGAAACUGGCUUGGACUUUCCCGGUCGGCCUUCGACAGGUAGUUGAAGUUGUGGCACAGCCUCUGCCUCCCACAGCCUCUGCCUCCCACAGCCUCGGCCUCCACAGCCUCUGCCUCCCACAGCCUCGGCCUCCCACAGCCUCGGCCUCCCACAGCCUCGGCCUCCCGGCUCAGAGCUCCAUGUAGUAACGUGAAGUUGCAGCCUCAAACUGAUGUCCAAUGUUAGUACUGACGAGUUAGUGAGCGCUUCCUCUCGGCAGAACACGGCUACCAACCAGUCUAUGACAUUAAUGUCUAGAAGAGCGACGCUGAGGGCUGAGGGCUGAGGGCUGAGAGCAGGUUUAACAGAAAGUAUCUGUGUGUACAUGUGAUUCUUUAGGGUAGUCGAUACAGCAGUCGUCUUAGCACUAACGUUAAGGUGUUGUCUUUUUGGUAGAGCCUUUUACAGAUGUGGUUUGGCCAAGCCUGCGACGCGAUGCAAGACUCGACCAGACUGGAUUGUGUGCCAGCUCUCAUUUCAUGCUCAUUCAGUUUGGUAUGAUGAAUUUGAGGAUCUGGUAGGCCUAAGUAAUCGCUGGUAGGAAGGGAGGGAACGGUAGUGUGUGAGGUCAGGGUCGGGGACUGUGUGUGCGUGACAUUCCUGCUCCCUGAGCACAGGCAGGCUUUUCUCUCAAAUCUCACAAGUCCUUCUGCGAAUGAAACUAUUUUUUUGCAACUCUCCACACAGACACACAGACUCGCUAAAUUGGACGUUUCACGCUAUAACAGUCCUUUUUGAUUUGUUCUGAAUGUGCUUUUCCUACCAAGAAUUCUUGAUAUUCUACUGAUUUUAAUAUAUUAAUUGAAAAUAUACUGUGGUAAUAUUGUGUCCGGUCCAUCGACGAUAUGAGGGAGGGGUUUAGGAAAUGAGGGUGGGACAACACGUGGGGGUGGAGUUAGCGGCUGGCUUUGUUUGGGCUCGUACUCAUGAAUGUGAUUAUGAUGGAACUGCUCAAGUCUUUUUAUUUAAUUUUUCUGUGUAAUUUGCACUUCUUUGUGGCUCUCCCGUGGCUUAAUAAUGGAACACGUGUUCUUUAAUAGCGAGCGUCAUGCAGGUCCCCUCCUGAUCCUUACUUUUUUUUCAGUUUCUCGCUUGUCCACUUUGGUGCUCUCUGUCUCACUGCUGAGUUUGAUCAUGAUGUUUUUUUAUGUACAUAUUAUAAAUAUAUAUAUAUAAUAAAAUGAAUACAAAAGCUCAAUGUCAA